AGCUCUCUAUGGUUCUAUGGAAAUUUCUACAAUUCCAUCAGGAACAUUUGCACUUCUAAAUAAGGUAGGCAUUUCAGUUCCUCCUUUAUUAAAUAACCAAAAUAAUAGAAAGUAGACCAGUUAUUCAAAAGGGAAUGCAGCUGCUUCCUACUCACUGUGGAAUGUUUCUAAAAGCCAUUACUGAUUUAAAAUAACUCACUAAACCUGUAAUUAUUGCUCAAGCAAGUUGUCAGCCCAUGAAACUAGCAUAAUAUCAGAAGAGCAAUUGUGUGUAAGAGGCAGGAUCUUCUUUUUUAACCAAGAAAAUUACAUGGGCAGUUAAAAUAUGAAGCUGCUUUGUUACGGGUCCAAAUAUUGGUCUGUUUAUAUUCUUUAUAGAUUGGACUUAUAAAUUUAAAUGACUGAUAAGAACUAUAACUGUUGGGUUGCAGUCUGUAAAGGGAAUUCCCAAAAAUGUUGCCACAGAAAUAUCAACUAGUGAUUUUUGAUUGUCAAUUCACCUGAAAGUUAACCUAAAUUCCAUCAUUAUGAGGGGGAAUAGCUGAUUCCAUGAUGAUUUGGAACAAACUCUUCAUAACUUGAGCAUAAACACUUAAUGACCAUCUCAGAAUUUGCAUGUUAUACAGGAAACAGUGUCUUAUAGUGACUGUAAGAGAGAAGUAUGGUUUUAGGUCAUAUAAUCUUAACAUGAUCAACCAUUUAAAGCCCUACUCCAAUAUAGGGACAUUGGGAAUUACCCAUGACCAUAUUUGGUGUACAGGUCUGAGCAGUUCCUGUAACAAGGUAAACCCAAAGUGCUCCCUUGGGUUUACCUUGUUAAAGGAAUAAGAUUUUAUUAAUAAAACAAUUACUUUUUAUUUUGUUUGUGACCACAAACAGCACCACUCAAACUACGUAAUACAUUUUAAAUUCUUUGUUAAGCACACAACAGAGAGCAAGGGAGUCAUUUAGAACAUGUUCUAUGCAACCCACAUUUUUACCCAUUGAAAGUUUUCUUCCCCUAGACCAGGGGUAUCAAACUCGCCGUGUCACAUGAUGUGUCAUAUCGUGACUUUUUUUUCCCUUGCUGGAGCUGGGGUGGUUAUGGCUUCCGCAUGACGCAUCCAGCCCAUGGGCCGGCAGUUAGACACCCCUGCCCUAGACUGUUCUUACCUACAAGCAGCUGAUGCAAGAUAUAUCAGCCUACUGAGAUGCAAUAAAAUUUAAAGAAAUCAAUUUCAAACUAUAGAAGGCAGAUCCCAUAUCUAAAAAAAAAAAAGUUGAAAAUAUUUGCAACAAUUUUCCAAAUAUUUUUAUUAGCCCUACUUGUUUCAAGGCAGAAUUGUUUCUUGCAAAAUAGAUAAUUCACUUCUUAGAGAUCAUCACCUCCUAAAUGAUAUUAAUAUGUCUAUUAAUAAUAGCACAAAAGCUUGUGUUCCUGUCUCUUCAUGUUGAGGCAUAUUAAUGUAUUUCUUCAUCUCAGAUUCUUUCCUGUCACAGAAGCUUUCUUUUCCAUAAAAUCUAAUGCAUAAUGCAUGCCCGGUAAUCUUUCAUUGUCCCAGGAAACUGUAAACAGGAAUUAGAUUUCAGUCAGGCUUGAAUGGAGAAACACAUAGCUUCCUUGCAGGCAUGUUCGCUACCUCUGGCAAGCAGACCUUCCCUUCCUCAGAAUCAGAAGUAGAACAGAGAGGCCUAAAAUACUCCAGAAAUAUCUUGCAAAGAUGAAAUCAAUAGAAAAUGCUGUCAUCAGGGAUCUUCAAACUUAAAGACCCCUGUUCUAGAAUCAGUGCCUAUGACUGGAAAGAUUUUAUAUUCCUUUUUUUUACUGGUUAUAGCAAUAUUUCUGGGAGAAAAUAACUAGUUGCCUCUUUUCCUGAUCUGCUUCUUCCUCUCAACUUGUGUGGAUACCAGAUGCUGUUCCUACCCUUUAUUUGGCCAGCCAAGAUGGCAGAUACAUCUACUUGAGGUGAGCAGCCUUUAUCUGAGGUCUUUCCCUGUAAGGUGGAUUAGCUUCUCCAAUCUCUAGUUGGUCCAGUUACCUUUCCUCUACUGGGUGAUGGCAGGGUGGAGUGGGUAGGCAGCAUCAGGUAGUUGACACAAUUUUCUAUAAUAGAACUUGUUCACCUGUUUCUGAUGUUCCUCAGUUGCUUCCUAGGGAUUAACAGGGCAGUUUGAACUUCUAUGAAUUUAAUACAUGUGGUUUAUAACCGUAGUGGGAAAGGAGAUGGAUAUUACAGCUGGCUGACUGGGGUGUUGAAACCCAGGUUAUGUCAACUUGAAAAUCUCCAUUUAUGUAAGAGUUUGUGGUGUACAUGUGUGUGCUUUAAGGAUUUCUCUCAUGCAAACAAGUUGUGAAAGUUGAUUAUUAGUGUGCAUGAUUCAAAGCUUAGAACACAUCUAUACUGUGUGGAUGCAAUGUUGAUUUAUACAUUUCAAGUCUCAGUAAUGUUUACACUUUCCCAAAGCAUCUAUCAUAAUUUGUUCAUCUUUAAGGUGUUGCAUUUUUUUUUAUUUUCCCAGCAUAAUAAACUAAACAUAAAAGCACAACCCGUUUGAAGGGUAAAGCUUGCCAGCAGGUUAACCUGACAGUGGAAAGCCUUCAUUGACCUAAUCAUUAAGGUCCAGAAAAUUACCCACGGCUGCAACUCGUCCUAUGAAAUUCUCCAUUGGGUAGAGUAAAAAAAAAAAAGCGCUGCAAUUUACUUUCGCUUGAAGUUUUGAGAUAUUACCACCUUUUUAUUAUUAUUACAGGUUCUAGCUUAGGUUUGCUAUCCUUGAAACUCAGCUCAAACGAGGUCUAAUUUCGUACUUCGGCGUUUCCGGGAGGAGAGCAAAACCUCUGGUGGCGGGUCAGGGCCGGGCUUCGUUCCUGUGGAGAGAGCCAGAGAAGGAGAAAAGGAAAGGCGGGAGCCAGAAGCACAUUUUACUCGGGCGCCCACGGACAGCUCGCUCCAGAAGUUAAAAGGCAUUGCUCGAGCAUUCGGCGUAAGAAGAAUCGAGCCUCCCGCGAUCUCCCUCCCCCCCCCCCGAAAUUCUCGCCCGCUUUCACCGACUCUUCUUUUACACCGGCUCCGAGUACCAGGAGCCAAGGGCAGCCUCUCCUAGAGCCUCACGCCCAACGACGCAGGCACGCCCACACAGAGGAACGCCGCCGCUGGCGAGGCUCGCAGACGCGGCUGCCGCCGUUCUUUCUUUCCCAUUCGCGGGAGCGCGCGCCGGCGCGCGCAUACAGAGGCGUAUAUAGACCCAGGGAGCAGCCGAGCCUUCCCCCACCCGGAGAGAAAAGCGUUUCCGAGUCGGCGCGGGCACAGAUACUCCUCACUCGCGAGGAGCCUUGCCCUAACCCGCUGGACGCGGGCAGCGGCUGCGCUGGCGUCGCUGGCAUCCUGCAUGCCAAUGCUUUGAGGUCACUCUCGUAUGCGGGAAGCCUGUUGCCGCAGAGGCAGCUACAGCUGGAGAGCCUCCGGGAGAAGGGACCUGGGGGGGGGUCCCGCGGUGCCUCUUCCUCUCGGGAGCUUGUCCGGGCGCCCAAUGCUGCUGCUGCUCCCGCUCCUGCCCUUCGUUUGGGCCCCCGCACUGGCCCAUGUCUGGGAGGAUGACAGAUGCAAUCAAACAGACUGGAAAAAACCUUUAGAUGGAGAAGUAUCAAAUAAGAAAGGAUACCCAUUGAAUGUGACCAUCAACAAUUGGGGUUAUUCAAAUGCUCUCUUUCUAACCUGGGAAUAUCUCUUGGGAAAUGCCCAGAGCUUCUCACUAGCUCUUUAUGACUUGGACACAAAUACUCUACUACAGAAUGCAUCGUCUGCACGCAAUACCACCAGUUUCAGCUUCCAAGGCUUGCUUCCUGGGACACAAUAUAUUAUUGAAAUCACUGCAUUGUUUGCAUGUGCACAGAAUUCCAGUAGAAGAAUCACUGGGCAGACAGAACCAUUACCUGUGCGGGAUGUUAUCUUGAGUCAUGAAAGUCCCUCAGUAUUAUUGGCCUCCUGGAGUGAAUCCCCAGGUGGGAAAGAUGUCUACCAGUUGGUUCUCUACCACAUAGAUUCACAGGCUCUUAUCAAGAAUGCAACCGUUGCUAGAGGAACCACCACUUUCCGCUUUGAGAAGCUUUUACCAGGCAGUGAAUACGCCCUCCGUAUCACCACAUGGGCUGGAUAUUACAAAGCAAGCACCAAUGCACGAGGAUGGACAGCUCCCAGUGCUCCCAAGGCAUUGACAUUCCAGAACAACAAUUCCAGCUUCAGUUUGACUGCCUCAUGGACUAACUCAGAGGGAGCAGAAUGGCUAUAUUUCACUCUGCAGAACCUGCACAUCCCUGCUGACAGCAGAACAGUGUCACUUAAGAGAGGCCUAACUAAUUACACCUUCCAGCAUUUGGAGCCUGGAACAUUCUAUCAACUGGAGGUUAAAGCCAUGUCUGGGCCUUACCUGGUUAAGGGUCCCAAUAUCACUGCUUAUACAUACCCCCUGAAACCAGACAAUGUAUAUUUGAUCAACUAUGGCAAAGAUAGCACUUUGAAAGCUUCAUGGAACUCAGCAGCUGGUAAAAGAGAAUCUUAUUUGGUGAUUCUGAAAAAAGCAGAGGAUGGCAUUAUGGUCAAAAAUGUAUCCAUGGGAGGAAACAGCACAUAUGUCAUCUUUAGUGACUUGGCCCCUGGAAGCCACUAUACCGCUUGGGUUGCAGCUAUUGCUGGGCCCCAUAAAGCAACAGCAAAAAGCAUCUCUGCCUGGACUUAUCCCAUGGCUCCAUCUAGUGGGAAUUUGUUGAAUCAAGGCAGUGCCUACAUGCUUCAGGCUCACUGGCAAGAGACAGCUGGGACUGGUUAUGUGACAACGUUAUAUACCAUGAAGCCCCUUGUUAUGUUGCAAAACAGUUCAUUGCCUAAGCAGUCCUCCAUCCAACUUUAUGAAGGGUUAAGACCAGGCACCCAAUAUGCCUUGGAGAUCUGCACAGUUGCAGGCCCCCACAUUUCUCUACCACUCCAUCUCAGCAACUGGACAUAUCCUUUGCCUCCAGAGCACCUGAAACUCAGCAAUGAUGGUCAUAGAAUGAGAUCGCUCCAUGCUUCUUGGCAGAAUCCCUUCAAAAGCGGAGGCUUCUACGUAGGAGUUCUUCUGGAAACCAAGUCCCAAUUUGUGAUAAAAAAUUUGACCCUGGCAGAGGCUAAUAUCACCUUUGAAAUGCUCAUUCCAGGACGUCAGUACACUCUGAAGUUGGCCAGAGUGGCUGGACCAUUUCAGUCUCAUGUUCAAAUAGUUAGUGACUGGACAUAUCCUUUGGUGCCAUCGGGAGUGACGCUGGCCAGUAGCAGGCGGUCCAGCAGCCUUUUUGCUUCUUGGGACCAGCCUCUAGGUGACAGAGACCAGCUCUUCUUGCGAUUCUACAGUCUGGAACAUCCUUUGCAGAGGAACAUCACAAUUGGGCCAAGCAUGCUAAAUUUUACAUUUGAAGGUCUUCAACCUGGCAUUCAGUACUUACUGGAGGUUACAGCAAUGGCAGGACCAUAUCAAGCUUCAUCUUGGGUGGUUUCUGCAUGGACAUAUCCUCUAUCUCUGGCAAAUGUGAGUGUAAAAGGAAGCCAUAAUCCCCAGCAAUUGAUUGUGAGCUGGAUUGAAUCAGGAAGAGGACGAGGAUAUUGGGUACAGCUCUAUUCAGAGGAAUCCCUGUCUAUUAUCCAGAAUGUGUCUGUACCACAUGGAACUACACAGGUGACUUUGGAUAAUCUGGUGCCAGGAACCCGGUAUCGUGUUGAAAUUGUCUCCAGAGCUGGACCUCACUACAUUUCUUCCCAAAUAGCCAUUGGCUACACAGUGCCCUUGUUGCCACUAUCUCUGAAAGUGAUCAGUCACAGUUCUUCAGUGUUAUUUGUGCAAUGGAAGGCCCCAGCUGGGCAGAGAGAUGGUUAUAUGGUGUCUGUAUCUAAAGAGGGAUCUACAGAUACCAGUAAUCACAUGUUUGUGGGGAAAACCAGCACCAAUAUUACAAUUGUGGGGCUAGCCCCUGGAACCUGCUAUCUGAUUGCGGUGUGGUCACUGGCUGGACCCUACAGCUCUGCUUCUCGGAACAGCUCAGCUUGCACAGCCCCUGCUGCUCCUAUGAACCUGACUCUGAAAAAUAUGGGCAAUUCAUCUGUACUAUAUACAUCCUGGACUGAGCCUCCAGGAGGACGGGACCACUAUAGGAUGAUCCUGUAUAGCCUGGAUUCUCCAGGCAUGAAGAGAGUUCGUGUCAUUGGCCCAGGGGUCCAGGAUUUCCUUUGGACAGGUUUGCCAGCAGGAGGCCAUUUUGCUGUGCAGGUUAUUUCAGUGAAAGGACAUGCUGAGGCCUCCUCCACCAUUGCUGCUGAGUGGACAUCUCCUCUGCCAGCUUCCUCUGUGCAAGUCUGGAAUGGAGGAUACCCAAACAGGCUGCAUGUGGCUUGGGCACCAGCUUCUGGAAGACUGGAUGGCUACGAACUGAAACUGUACUACACAGGAUCCAGCACUUUAGCAACACAAGCACAUCUAGGAAAGGAUGCCACUAAUUUUACUUACUCAGGUUUGACACCUGGAAUCAAUUAUUUAUCUGAGAUUCUCUCAAAGGCUGGACCUCAUAGGACUUCGGCAGGGAAUUUCAGUGCUUGGACAAGUCCUCUACCUCCUCGCAAGGUGCUUCUGUCAAAUAAAGGGCACACUGACAAGUUGAGUGCUACCUGGGAACCUCCUACAGGAGAUCAAAGUGGCUAUGUACUUACACUCUUUAAUGCUGCAUUGGCCACUGUGGUAGCCAAGGUAUCUGUAGAAAAGGACAUUACUAAUUUCACCUUUGGAAGCCUCAUCCCAGGAAGUAAAUACUUGCUGGAAGUUUCUUCUAUAGCAGGGCCAUAUCGGAUAUCAUCAGGGAACACCAGUGACUGGACAUACCCAUUGAUUCCAAGGAAGCUGUCUGUAAAGGCUGAGAAGGGAAAUCCUGCAUUGUCUGUGUCCUGGGCAAAACCUGUCAGCAAACCUGAGCGCUGCCAGCUGCAGCUGUGGCAUCCAGAAAAUAGCACCUUGUUACAGCAUCAUACCUUGACUCAGUGGCAAGUCCGGCAUAUUUUUCAGGGACUAGUUCCAGGGAGAAAUUAUUCUGUAUCCCUCACCUGUGUUGCUGGACCAUAUAAGAAUAGUUCUGAAAUGAUAGUUAUGCCAAUAGAACCCAGUCAUGUGAAGAACCUGCAAUGUCUAUCGGACACCACUAGUAUGUUUCUAAACUGGACCAUCAUUGAGAAUGACAUUAAAUCUUAUGAGCUGACUGUGUAUACAUUUCCAAAGAGAGUCCUCCAACAACCUAUACUAGCUUUGGUUGUUUCCCAAACUAAUGUUACUCUGGUAGAGCUGACUACAAAUACCUCCUAUCAAAUCCAAGUUAAUGCUGUUGGCAGGAAUGACAUAAAGGGCCCAUCUGUGACAAUAGUGUGCAACACAUCUGUGGAAGUUCUUCCACCUCCUGUGAGAAUGGACCUUCCCCAGUUUGAUGCCAGUUCCAGAAUCAUCAUUUCUCCUGAUACGUUCAGUGAAGAAAAUGGCCUCAUAGAGUAUUAUGGAAUUGUUGUCACCACCAAUGAGUCUUUACUGAGGCCUACUCAAGAAAUCAUUUCCCACACAUGGUAUGACCACUAUUAUGGGCAGGAAGACUCAUAUUUGGCUGUGCUGCUGCCAAACCCAUUUCAUCUUAAUGAGAGCAGCAGCCUCAAGGCUUGGCCAGUGCCUGUGGGUGCAGAAGAUUGCAGCAACUCCCGAGCAACUUGUAAUGGAAUGCUGAAAACAAAUACACAGUACAGGUUCAGCAUUGCUGCAUUCACUAGAUAUAGCCAACAGACUCCAAAAGUGUCCUUCACAGCAUUCUCAGCAGCUGCUUCAGCAGAUUCUGCAACUUUGUCUGCCCCAGUUGUGGCUGGAAUCAUUAUGGGAUUCCUUGUGACAGUCACAGCCAUUUCUGUAUGGGUUUAUUGGAAACAUUUACGAACAAGAAGAAUAGAAAAGGGUAAUAUACCUCAAGAAAUGACCAUCUACAGUCUCAGGAAUACCCAUCGGCCAAUCCCUCUGCAAAGUUUUAGACAAUAUUAUGAGACAAGGACAGCAAACUCAAAUAAUGGGUUCUUUCAGGAUUUUGAGGAGCUGAAAGAAGUUGGAAAGGAACAGCCAAAGACAGAAGCUGAAGUUCCAGCCAAUGCCAUCAAGAAUCGAUAUCCUCAUGUUCUACCAUAUGACUAUUCUCGAGUGAAGCUGAGCCUUCUGGAUGGACAACCCCAUUCUGAUUAUAUCAAUGCCAACUUUGUGCCAGGUUAUAACUCCCCACAGGAGUUCAUUGCUACCCAGGGACCUUUGAAAAAAACUCUGGAUGAUUUUUGGAGACUGGUAUGGGAGCAGAACAUCUGUACUAUUGUGAUGUUGACAGUGGGCAUGGAGAAUGGACGGGUAUUAUGUGAAUACUACUGGCCAACAGACAUCUCUCCUGUCUCUUCUGGAGAAAUUAGCAUUCAUCUGCUUGCUCAGAAUUUUGCUGAUGAGUGGACAACACGGGAAUUUAAAUUGCAGCAUAAAGGACUAAAUAUGGAAAGAAGACUGAGUCACUUACACUACACAGCAUGGCCUAAUCAUGGUGUUCCUGAGUCUACCAUUUCCAUGAUUGCUUUCAUAGAGCUGGUACGAGCACACAUGCAGAGUGUAAAUGAAUGUGGACCUAUCCUGGUACAUGGUAGUGCAGGAGUGGGCCGCACAGGGACCUUCAUUGCCCUUGAUCGGCUCCUACAGCAGUUAAAGCAUGAGAAGCUGGUUGAUAUCUUCAAUACCAUUUACAGUCUUCGAAUGAAUCGGCAUUGUAUGAUAGAGACGCUGGGGCAAUACAUUUUCCUGCAUAGCUGUAUCCUAGAGAAGAUCUCUGAAGAUCCACUCAUUGGCCUGUCAGAGAUCUCUCAUCCAGUCUCUCUCAAAAGUUUUGCUCAGCACCAUGCAAAAAACUGUUCUCAGUCCAAUGCUGGCUUCCUAAAGGAAUAUGAGCAGAUGCUCUUGGAAGUUGCAAAAGAGGAAAUAAAUUCUGCCAUACCACCCUCUGUCAAUCAGCAAAUCAACCUCGGCUCUAGCAAGAUUCCAUAUGAUCGCUCUAAAGUGAAGUUUUUACCACUGGAUCGAGAUCCAUUCUCAGAUCUUGCACAUGUCUGGUUUAUCCCUGGCUGCAAUUCAGCCAAGGACUAUAUUGCUAUAGAUGGACCUGACAAGCUAGCGCUGGAGGAAUUCUGGGGACUAGUCUGGGAACGUGGUGUCCACACUAUCAUCACUUUACUACCUAGGCAGAUGAAUAGUCCGGCUCCAGAUAAGUCAUGCUGGCCAUCAGAGGGUGAACCUGUCUGCACAGAGAUGCUCACCAUACAACAAGGGCCUGAAAAGAUUAUUUCAGGAUGGCCUUGUGUUCAGCUCAGACUAAAAUAUGAGAAAAAAGCAAAGGAAAGACUGCUGCAACAGUUUCGAUUUCCUUUAGGGGAAGGAGAAGAUUUGCCAGAUCCUGAGGUUCUGGUGGGUUUUCUCACUGUUGUCAGACAGCUAGUGCCGUACAGGAAGAGGACCAGCCCUUUAGUUCUGCAUUGCAGUUCGGGAGGCGUAGGCCAGAUGGGGAUACUCAUUGCCUUAGAUACUCUGCUGCAGCAGCUGAAAGGAGAGAAAAAUGUGGAUGUGUAUGGUGUUGUUUUGAGGCUGGUGAGGAGCUGUUGUCUCAUGACUCCAUCAUUGGAUAAAUAUAUUUAUCUAUAUGAAUGCAUUCGUGAGGUCAUCACCCAGAAACAAGUUUAGGCUCUGGUCUGUGCUUCUGGUUAGAUGAUGGAUAGAACUUCAUUGUGCAGCAGAAUUGUGAACAUAGACUGAACUGGUGCUUUUCUGUGCUGAGAUGAGCAGCUACCCCAGAGCUCUGACCUUGAUCUGUGCAGAAGGUGAAAUAAUGAGUCUGUAAAAAUGCUGGCUGUGAUGUUCCACUCUUCCAGUUGCAGGAAGAUCAUUUCUGCUGACAGCAGACUUCUGUUCCUCAAGGCAGGGUUGUGCAUGCCAUAACAACUCAUUCUUCAUUCUGGAUACACUGUUUGCUGAGGGGAAAAAUAGAAAAACCACCUCCUGAGCCUUCCCCAGUUUUGUUCAGUCCUUAAAAUACAAUAAACCAUGUUGAAUAUGGAUAGAGUUGGUAGGUUCAAGAUGUUUCAUGAUGUCAUUGUAUAAAUUUACAAUAAGUACAUUUCAGAUAAUAUGGCUUUGUGACAAAAACAAAUAUAGCUGGAGAAGUUGCAAGAAGGGACGGUGGAAUAAAGAUCCAAUGAGCCUCCUCCUCCCUCUCUGUUACAUUUCUGAUGUUGUGUUUUGGGCCUUUAUAGCAACGAGAGCUUAAGUGCCGCACUUACGUCCAUGAUACGAAAUGGCAUGGCAAAGAUACCAGCAUUUCCCCCCCUUAUUUUGACAUCUUCCAAUACAAAUAGGCUGAGUAAAAUAGUUUACUGUUAUCUAACUGACAUGUUAACAUUGGGAUAAUUCCAAAUUACUGGUGUAUCUUUCCACAUUCACAACCAAAUUAUGCAGAAAGAUAAUUUUCCAUAUAUAAAAUUAUUCAUAUUUUUAAAAACCAGCCUAAACCUGGCUUUCUUACAAAGAGAAAGAGAGAAAUAUAUUCUAAAGAGAUGUGUUAUUAGAUCAAGUCUGGGAAUCUAAAAUUAUAGGUAAAUGAAAGAAUGAAUUAAAAGUUUACCAGAUGAAUUUUGGCAAAGAAGUUGUCAAAAAGGAUAUCCUUAUAUGAAUAACUUACUGAAUUUGGUAUGAAAGAGAUUUGCCUCAGCAUUUGCAUAAGUUUUUAUUUAAUGUAGAAUAGGUUGAGAGAUUAAAAUUAUAGAAUGGUCUGGAAAAGAUGAUGCCAACUACAACCACCAUCUUGCCUUAUUUUUAAUAUUCCCAAAACGUGCCUAACUAUAGUUGCAGAUAAGGCAAGUUUUCCUAAGUCCCUUAAUCCAUAUUCAUGUACAGAAGCAACUAGAAAAUAUAGUCUCUAAAAAACUACUGCAAGGUCCAUAUUACAAAUUUAUAGCUUCUUCUGUUUCUCUUGAGUUCCAUUCUUCACUUUGACUCUGGAUUCCUGAAUCUCACUUGGUUACAAUCUCAAAGUGUGUAGCAAAGACAAGAUUAAAACAACUUCAAUAAUAAGUUUUGGAGACACACCUGAAAGUUGGGCUUUUCCUCUUGGAUUGAUCUAUGAUCUUAUGCUGUACUAAACUGGAUUUAAUUAUUCAAAUUAAAAUUCACAGAAUUCCAUAACAGUUUUUUUCUUAUUCUAAAGCAUUGUUCAAGAAAUUUAUUUUGAGUUUCAUCAAAUCCAGUUUUGCUUUUCUUUGACUUACCCUUAAUUCCAUUUCUUAAAGUUGUAACUUUAAUUUUAAAAUGGGAUUGAACUAUCCAUUGGGAGAAGUGCAUUUUUACAGAUAGGUACGAGUUACCCCAAUUUCCUGGGGAAAGUGGUUUUAUAUUAAUAAAUUAUUCUAUGAAAAAUGAAA